AUGACGGAAAAAAAAACUAACAAACAACAAUAUGGAGACGAAGAUAUUCAAGUCUUAGAGAUUAUUGAAGCGAUUCGCGAAAACCCCGGAAUGUAUGUGGGUUCGGCCGAUGAACAAGCAGUGGCUCGUUAUGAAGAGGAAAAAAAAGCCACUCAAGUAAAGAUAAUUCUUUCGGCUGACCAAAGAACAGUCACGAUUGCCGAUGAUGGUCGGGGAAUUCCGAUUGGUAUUAAUAAGAAAACCAACAAAAGUUCAUUGGAAACUGUCCUUACUCACGCUCACUCUGGUGCUAAGUUCGAAAAAGGCACUGAGUUUGGCAAAAAAGCUUAUAAAACAGCAGGUGGCAUGCACGGUAUUGGUUUAACGGCAGUGAAUGCUCUUUCCGAAAGAUUAGAAUCAGAAAUUAUACCUUAUUCCGGAAAAGACAGCAGCACUACUAUUACUUUUACUCCUGAUCAAAAAAUUUUCGAAGAAAUUAAUCAUUUUGAAAUUGAAGUUAUUAAAAGUCGUUUAGAAGAAUUAGCCCACCUUAAUCCUUAUCUUAGUCUAAUUUUUCAGCGUUCACCCGAAGCUGAGCCAGAGGUUUUUCAUUACGAAGAUGGUCUAGCUGUGUCGCCCGCGGAAGACAAAUAUUUUCAUCUAGGCUUCGCUUUUCAGUAUAAGUCAGGAAGAAAAACCGAUAUUAAGUCAUUUUGUAAUAAUAUUUCUACCGGCGGUGGUGGUACUCAUCAAGAAGUUGACAUUUUAAAAAGUGAUGUUUUGGAAGGUCUGACGGCCAUUGUGGCCGUGCGCAUGCAAGGUCAAAUAUUCGCUGGGCAAACCAAAGACCGGCUGGCUAACAAAAAAGUCCGUGAAAUUGUUAAAAACACUACUUAUGAUUUAGUUCAAAAGUUUUUUCAAGACCAUUAUUUAACCGCUGAAAGCAUUGCCCGAAAAAUUAUUGAUAAUGCCCAAAUUCGGGUUAAAACUGAAGAACAUCAAGAGUUAUUACGGGAAGGUCGCCAAACUAGUAUUCUUCCAGGUAAGUUAGCCGACUGUAUUUCCAAAAAACCGGAAGAGAACGAAUUAUUUAUCGUGGAGGGAGAAUCAGCCGGCGGUACCGCUAAAAUGGGUCGAGAUUGCAAUAUUCAGGCGGUUUUGGCUCUUAAAGGCAAAGUUAUUAAUGUGGAAAAAUCCGAGCGAAUUAAAGUCUUCAAAAAUGAAGAAAUAAAAAACUUAACUAACGCCUUAGGAUUUAGUGUUAAUGAAGCCACCCAAAACUAUUAUAAUCGCUUUCAACCAAAAUUAGAAGCCGGUUUUCCAGCGGAGGAACUCCAAAUUACUGAUGAUUUUACUUACGAGGAUGAGCAAGAGCAAAAGCAAACUAUCCCAGCUCACCAACCCUUAACUUCUGAGCAAUUACAAACUUUGGUGGAAAAAACUCGACAGAGCUUAUCAAAAAAACUGCGCUACGGGAAAAUAGUAAUUAUGACCGAUGCUGAUGCGGACGGUAAACAUAUUGAAUGUUUAGUUUUAACUUUCUUUGCCCGUUAUUUUCGUUAUCUAAUUGAAGAACACCGUCUUUAUCUGGCGGUGCCACCACUUUACAAAGUGCAAAGUAAAAAAGAAGUUAAAUAUCUUUAUAGCGACCAAGAAUUGGAAGUUUAUCGUCAGGAAAAACAAAAAGGUUAUACCGUGCAACGUUUUAAAGGUUUGGGAGAAAUGAAUGCCCAACAAUUACGGGAAACCACCAUGGCUUUACGGCGGCGUUGCUUGCACCAAUUGCUUUAUUCUAGCCCGCUUAGCAUUCGCCAAAUUAUUGAAGAAAUGAUGGGACCGAAAAGCACUUUCCGCAAGCAACGUUUAGAAAGUGGCGAACACAAACACGCCCAAGUAAUAGUCAAAGAAAACGACCAAGUUGAAAUUGACCAAGCCUUAUUAGUGAAAUUUCUUACUUACGCUUACGAAGUAGUAGAAGACCGGGCUUUACCCCAAUUACAAGACGGUUUAAAACCAGUCCAACGCCGUAUACUCUAUACUCUUUAUGAAUUGGGGCUAUUACCGAACAAACAGCACCGCAAAGCAUCCAAGACGGUCGGUGAUGUAAUGGGUAAAUAUCAUCCUCAUGGCGAUGCCAGUAUUUACCAAGCUAUGGUAAAAAUGGCCCAAGAUUUUAACUAUCGCUAUCCGUUAGUGGACGGUCAAGGAAAUUGGGGUUCUAUUGAUGGUGAUCCAGCCGCGGCCAUGCGGUAUACCGAAGCCCAACCCAAAAUCUUGCCGGCUAACUUAAACUUACUGCUCAACGGUUCCAGUGGUAUUGCGGUGGGAAUGAGUACCAAUAUUCCGCCUCAUAACUUAGGAGAAUUAGUGGACACCACUGUGCGGCUAGUGGAAAACCCAACUCUCACUACGGAAGAGUUAUUCCAAACUUUCCGGGGACCCGAUUUUCCGGGAGGAGGAAUUAUUUUAGAAAAAGAGAAUUUGCUUAACUUUUACGAAAAAGGUGAAGGAACUAUUUACAUCCGGGGCAAAGUCGAAAUUACUUCUAGUAAGCAAGAAAAAGAAAAGAAAGAUUUAAUUCGGAUCAGCGAAUUGCCCUAUAAAGUUAAUAAAGCCAAGCUAGUUGAAAGAAUUAGCCAAAUAAUUAAAGACAAAAAAAUUGAAGGCUUAAAAAGCGUGGCUGACUAUUCUAACUGGGAAGAGCGAGUAAAUAUUCACUUGAAAUUUGACCCGAACUAUGACGGUACUGUAAUUGUAAAUAAACUAUACCAAACUACUAGUUUACAAAAUUCGUUUAGCGUGAAAAUGCGCGCACUGAUUGAAGACCAACCAAAAAUCUUCUCUUUAAAAGAAAUUUUCCAAGCAUUUAUUCAGCAGCGCUUAGAAAAUAUUGACAAAAAAGCCCAAUUUAUUCACCAAAAAAAUCAGAAAGAGUUAGUUAAUUUAGAAACCAGAAUUUUCAUUAUUAAUAAUUACCAAGAAAUUGCUGAAAUUACUCAUAAUUCUCUGUCCGAAGAAGCCCGCGACCAAAAAUUACAAGCCCGGUUCAAUUUAGAUCAAGAAGGCAUUGACCGCAUUUUGGAUACCCCAGCUAAUUUUCGCCAAUUUAGUCCCGAAAGAAGAGAAAAACUGGAAAAUGAUAUCACUAACCUACAACAAAAAAACCAAGAACUACAAGAACUAAUUACUAGUGAAGAGAAAAAAAAACAAAGAUUAAUAGCCGAACUACAAGAAUUGCAAAAAACUUACCAAUCUGACUACCGCCGUACGGAAUUUUCGGAAGAAUUACAUUUAAUUGAUGAACGGAAAUUAACUCCCCAUGAAGAAAGAUUAGUUAUUCUUAGUCAAGCCGAAAAUAAAAAAGAAGAUACUGUUAACACUUACUUAAAUGUUCACGAAAUUGCCAGUUUAGAAGCCACUAAUAUUCCCAGCCAAGGUAAAGAAUUAAAGACGCGAGCCCGAGAAUAUAUUACGGCUAUUUUUGCGAUUCCUGAGGGCAAUAUUGCCACUGAACAAGACUUAUUGCUUAUUACUAAAAAAGGAAAAAUCAAAACUCUGAAUACUGCCAAGUUGAAAAAAGCAAGCAAUUCUGGGCGAAAAGUAAUUAAUCUUUAUCAAAAAGUUCGAGUAAAAUGCCCGCGUCACCAAAUCCAAAUGGAACAACACAAAACUGCUACUUGUUGUGAUAAAUCCCAAGGUAUUCUUGCCUACGCUCGCUGUGCCGAUUUCCGUGAAUUACAAAAAGAGAUUAAAAAGUAUAACGAAGAAAACGAGGAAAUAGAAGCGAUUAUUAAGCGCAAGACCAAAGGAGGAAUAGUGAAUAAAAAAGUUUCGGUUUAUGGGAGUCCAAAAAGGGUUGGACAUUGCGAAGAACAUAAAAAAGCACGGGAAAAACACAAAAAAGGCGAUUGUUGCGACAAAAGCCAAUUUGGUGCUCAAAUGCGUUGUUCCAAGUUUAGAGAAUUACAAGUCCAAAUUAAGGAGUGUGGAGAUUGCCAACAGCCCCAACUAUUUAGUGCUAAAAAGUUAAGCAAGCAAAUAAAAAAAUGUGAGCAAGUAGUUGAUUUAUUAGUAAUCAAACCCCAGCGGCAAAAAGAUAAUUUAGCCCAAGAAGAAGCCGAAAAGUUCACCACAGAAAUUAGAGAAAAUAAAGAAAAUUUAAAAAAAGAUAUUUUGGUUUCACCAUUAGAAAAGGAAGUUAAAAAAGAACUUUUAGUAGCCAGCAAAAUUACUAUUACCCAAGAAAUCAAGGAAAAAAUUGCUAAUUUCCGCACCGAAGAAAUGAACGAGCAAGCUCGCCAAAAUUACCAAACUAAUUUACAAGAAAAAAUUGCUAAUCACCAACUUCUCACCGCUAAAACCCAAGAAAAGCAAGAUAAAUUAAAUAAAGUUAGAGAAGAAGUCGAAAAAUGUAAAAGUUGUCGAAAGUAUUGUAAUAAUCACAAAAAAUUACAGAAAGAAAAAGACCAAGAACACGAAAAUUGCCCCCGCUGUAAUAAGAAAAAGCAAGAAAUUAACCAAGUUAAAGAGCAAAUGAACAAAAUAAAAGAGAAAUUAUUAGAACUACAAAAGUACCAACCCGAAGCCACCUCCGAAAUUCGCAAAUUAGAAAAAAAACUAGGGCAAAGUCGAGAAAAAAGCCAAAAAUUACACGGUGAAGCCUUGGCUAAUCGCCGUACUUGCCCCUUAAUGCAAAAUCUGGAAAAAGAAAUUAAAGCGUGUGGGGACUGCCAAGAACUAAAAACUAAAAAAUAUACCGCCACUAUCCCUAAUGCUUUACUUCAUGUCUGCUUAUUCGAUAAAAGUACCAACCCCGAAAUAUACCUUUUAUCCCACGAGGCG